AUGGCGAUUCUUUUUGUAUUGGAGCUUUUGCCAAAGCCUAAAAGUGAAUAUGAAUACUUGGGUGGAGAAGAAAAUGAAAACGUUUGUCCUGAAGAGACAGCAAAUAUUUUCUCUCGACUCACUUUUUACUGGAUGACUCCGUUAAUGAAGCUUGGCUAUUCCAAAUAUUUAACUUUCGAAGAUUUGUGGGAAUUAAAAAAGGAAGAUCAAUCUACAUUAUUGUCAAGAAAAUUUGAAGUAGCCUGGAAAAAGGAACUAGCAAAGAAAAAUCCUUCAUUACUUCGGGCUUGUGUUACGACUUUUGGCGGCCCAUUCUUUUCCGCUGCAAUAUUUAAGGCAUCUCAGGAUAUAUUAGGCUUUACUCAACCUUUACUCUUGAGUCAAUUGAUGGAUUUUGUCAGCAGCUAUGGAACUAAAACAGAAAAACCUCACGCAUAUAGGGGUAUCCUCAUUGCUUGUUUGAUGUUUUUCACUGCUAUUUGCCAGACCAUCCUUUUACAUCAAUAUUUCCAGCUAUGUAUCGUUACUGGAAUGCGACUUCGCGCUGGACUGGUAACAGCCAUUUAUCAGAAAGCACUUCGUCUCUCAAAUGCAGCUCGACAAAAAUCCACUGUCGGCGAAAUUGUAAAUCAUAUGAGCGUGGAUGCUCAGAAAUUCAUGGACUUGUGCACAUAUUUUCAUAUACUUUGGUCUGGACCGCUUCAAAUUAGUCUUGCCCUUUGUUUCUUGUAUAAGACUAUGGGGGUCAGUAUUUUUGCUGGUGUGGCUGCAAUGAUUUUGACGAUACCUGUGAAUGGAUUCCUCGCGAGAAGAAUGCGAACUCUGCAAAAGAAACAGAUGGGAAAUAAAGAUCAGAGAAUCAGACUGAUGAAUGAAAUUUUGAAUGGCAUCAAAGUAAUUAAAUUAUAUGCUUGGGAAGGAGCUUUCUUGAAAAAGAUUGGUCAUAUCCGAGAUGCACUUGAACUUGACACAUUGAAAAAAAUAGCUUACCUUGCCUCAAUUCAAAGUUUUACCUGGGCUUGUACACCUUUUCUUGUUUCGUUUGCUACUUUCUCGGUUUUCGUUUUAAUUUCUGACGAGCCACUGACUAGCGGAAGAGUAUUUGUAGCAUUAUCACUCUUCAAUUUGCUUCAAUUUCCCCUCUCAGUAUUUCCUAGCGUCAUCACUUCAACCAUUGAAGCAUCUGUUGCUUUGAACAGAAUGGAAAAUUUUUUAACUGCCGAAGAAGUAGAUCAGAACGCAGUCAAACAUGAAGAUUAUCAUCAUACGCUAGAAAAUUUCAGCACUGGAAAUAGUGAUAUAGAACUUGUAUCUAUAAAAAACGCAACAUUCCGCUGGUCAAAAGAUUCUCCCGAACCGAUUUUAAGAGAUAUUAAUCUCAGCGUUUCCAAGGGCAAAUUGGUUGCGAUAGUUGGCAGAGUUGGUGCUGGGAAAUCAUCUUUGCUUUCUGCCCUUCUUGGAGAGAUGGAGAAAAGUAGUGGUGAGGUCAUUGUUAGGGGUACUGUGGCUUAUGUCGCUCAGUCAGCUUGGAUAAUGAAUACUAGUCUUCGUGACAAUAUUACUUUUGGUUAUCAAUUUGAACAAGAAUUUUAUGAUGAAAUAAUUGAGGCAUGUGCCCUUAAGCCUGAUAUUGACAUGCUUCCAGGGGGAGAUUUAACAGAAAUCGGUGAACGAGGAAUUAAUUUGUCAGGAGGACAAAAGGCCAGAAUUGGAUUAGCUAGAGCAGCAUAUUCUCGUGCUGAUAUAUAUUUAUUCGAUGAUCCAUUGUCAGCGGUAGAUGCCCAUGUCGGUAAACACAUAUUUGAUCAAGUAAUUGGGCCUAAUGGUCUUCUUCGUACUAAGGCUCGUAUAUUUGUUACUCAUGGCAUACACAAUCUUUCUCGUGCGGACUCAAUUGUCAUGCUGCGAGAUGGAACAAUAAUUGAACAAGGGGAUUUCGAAUCUCUAAUGCAAAAUAAACAAGAACUAUACAAUCUAAUUAGCGAGUUUGGUCAACAAGAUCAAUCUGAUCAACUUGACCAGUCAGAUGAAACAUCGUCGAUAAAAAGUCAAACCUUAAUUGAAGCAUAUGAAAUGGAUGGUUCCGUUGGUGAUCCAAAAUAUGAAGAAACUACACGUCCUCCUCGAGAAAGACGACUUAGCGUUGCUACUCUUAGUCGACCAGUCAUGGCAGAUACCAAAUCUAGAAAACUUGGAGUUGAACUUGGUAAAGAAUCUUUAAUUGUGCGAGAAGAGUCGGCUACAGGAAGUGUACCAUGGUCUGUCUAUAAAGUCUACAUAACAUCUUCAUCAUCCAUCGCUGUUACAAUAUUUUUAUUUUUGAUGAUCGGUUCGCAAGGAGUUCAAGUCGCUUCAAAUUAUUUUCUUAAAUUUUGGAGUUCUGAAAACGAGAAAAGAGGAGAAAAUGUGAAUAUUUUCCUUUAUUUGGGAAUUUAUGGUUUGAUUGGAAUAGUUUAUUCUUUCACGACGAUUUUGCAAACUAUUGUAUUAUGGGUAUUUUGUGCGAUUCGAGCCGCACGAAGAUUGCAUCAAGAAAUGUUGAAUAGUGUAGUGAGAUCCCCAAUGUCAUUCUUCGACACUACUCCAUUAGGUCGUAUUUUGAAUCGAUUUAGCAAGGAUCAAUAUACUAUCGAUGAAGUUCUUCCUCGUACAUUUGCUGGUUAUUUUAGAACGCUAUUUAUGGUUCUUGCAACAAUUUCGGUUAUUUGCUUUUCAACGCCAUCCUUUAUUUUGUUAAUUGUGCCAAUGCUUUUUCUCUAUAACUAUAUACAAAGAUAUUAUCUCGCUACCUCACGAGAAUUAAAACGGUUAGAUUCUGUUACCCGAUCUCCGAUUUACGCCCAUUUCCAAGAGACACUUGGAGGUGUUUCAACUAUUAGGGCCUAUCAACAACAGGACCGAUUCAUUGAGGAAAAUGAAUAUCGAUUAGACGAAAAUCAAAAAGCAUAUUUUCCAUCUAUCUCUUGUAACAGAUGGCUGGCAGUGCGGUUAGAGUUUUUAGGGUCUCUUAUCAUUUUUGGGGCUUCUAUCCUUUCUGUGAUAAAAUUGAUCACAACGGGAAAUAUUGAUGCAGGCCUUGUGGGGUUAUCUGUUUCAUAUGCUUUAAUGGUAACCCAGGCUUUGAAUUGGGCUGUAAGACAAUUUUGCGAAAUUGAGACAAAUAUCGUCUCAGUAGAACGAGCAAAAGAGUAUAUUGACCUUCCGAGUGAAGCUCCCGAGACUAUCCCUGAUUAUCGACCUCCACCCGCUUGGCCACAACAAGGAUUAAUUGAAUAUAAAGAUUAUGCUACACGUUAUCGUCCCGGUCUUGAAUUGAUCUUAAAGGGUGUGUCUUUUGUCAUUAAUCCAAAAGAAAAAAUCGGCAUUGUUGGAAGAACAGGUGCUGGAAAAUCAAGUCUUACUCUCAGUUUAUUCAGACUAAUCGAAGCUUCUGAUGGUGCUAUCUAUGUGGAUGGUAUAGAUAUUUCAAAGAUCGGAUUACAUAAUCUACGUUCACGACUAACAAUCAUUCCUCAAGAUCCGGUCCUUUUUGAAGGAACUGUUGCUUUCAACCUCGAUCCUUUUGGUACUCAUGAUGAUGUGGAGAUAUGGCAAGUUCUUCAAAGUGCUCAUCUCAAAGAAUAUAUUGCCAAAUUAGAGGGCAAGCUCCAAGCUAAAAUACUUGAAGGCGGAGAUAACUUUAGCCAAGGACAAAGACAAUUAUUAUGUUUGGCUAGAGCUCUUUUACGACGGUCAUCUGUUAUUGUCUUGGAUGAAGCCACUGCUAGUGUAGAUGUUGAAACAGAUUUUCAUAUACAAGAAACUAUUCGAACUGAAUUCAGCUGGGCGACAUUAUUGUGCAUUGCACAUCGAUUACGAACAAUUAUUGAUUAUGAUAGGGUUCUUGUACUCGAGCAAGGCAAAGUCGCAGAAUUUGAUACACCAUACAACCUUUUACAAGAUCCCAAUAGUUUAUUCCGAAGUUUAUGUGAAGAAAGUAACGAAUACGAUUUUCUUAUAGAAAACGCCUUGAAAAAACAUAAUUCUACUUAA